CAACCGGGAAUGAGAGUUCCCGUUAUCAGGUUCUUUCAACCGGGAUGGAGAGUAUAAUGGAUUUUGACACCCUUGAAAUACUGAUUGUUCAUUAUGAAAAGGCGACGAGAUCAGUCGGUGUGGGCAAGUGCUGGUGGGAAGAUUAUUAAUACGGUUGAAUUAAUUGGCAAGUUUCGCACAGGAAAGCAUUUGUGUCUCGAUUAUUUUUUUAUGACAACCGUCAUCACUGUCAUACUUCACGUCUGACAAAGUACGCUGCAUGUACGCGCCCCGCACCCAUUACGAGGGGAUCUUCGCGGCCCGGGAUCUUUUGGCUUUUUGCUCGCUUCGCCGUGUUUGGUGUGGUUUUAAUUGUUAGUAUGAUUUAACUGUCACCGUAAAUUAAUCUCCCACGAUGCAAGUGUCAUCCGUAACGACGCAAAUGGCUUCCGUGAAGCUGACAGCACGUCCGGCCGUAGUACAGUCGGUUCAGAAUGGCCAUAGCACCGGUAGCGAGAAACCUGAAACCCCUGGCAAUGGCGCAACUACCACCGAGCCGGAAAUCGUCGAUCCGUUCUGCAAUGCGGACAAUCCGCAGAUAAUCACCUUCCAGGACGUUACAUCCGCGGCAUUCAAAAUCCGAAAAGGUGUCGAGCUAACACCGUGCGUGAAAUCGCACUUUUCCGACCUGAUCGACAUGGACAUCUACCUGAAGAAGGAAUUUCUGCAGUUCACCGGUAGCUUCAAGGAGCGUGGCGCCCGUUACGCACUGCUAAUGCUGUCGGACGAGCAGAAAAAAACGGGCGUUAUCUCGGCCUCCCUGGGGAAUCAUGCGCAGGGGCUGUCCUAUCAUGGCUGGAAGCUUGGCAUCCCGGUGACGGUCGUGAUGCCACUGAAGGCUUCACUGAUGAAAAUUCAGAAAUGCCGUAACUAUCAUGCUAAUGUUGUCGUACAGGGUGCGGAUAUGGGUGAAGCAAAGCGGAUUGCACUGAAAAUGGGCCAUGACCGAGGGCUUACAUACAUCAACGGGUACGACCAUCCGCAUAUCAUGUCCGGCCAGGGUACGAUCGGGCUGGAGAUAAUCGAGCAGGUCAGCGAUAUAGAUGCAGUUGUUGUGCCCGUUGGUGGCGGUGGAUUGAUAGCUGGUGUUGCGACCGCCAUCAAAAAUUUGAGCCCAAAUACCAAAAUCAUCGGUGUCGAGUCGGAGAAGUGUCCCAGCUUUACGCGGGCACUCGAAAACAAGGGACCAGUGUUUGUGGCGAACAAGGAAACGUUAGCCGACGGGUUGGCAGUGCCGCAGGUGGGCUACAAUGCGUACGCCACGACCGUACCACUGCUGGACAAAAUGAUCGUCGUCAAGGAGGAAUGGAUUGCGCUGGCCAUUUUGCGACUUGUUGAGCUGGAAAAGUGUGUCGUCGAGGGUGCGGGUGCUGCCGGGCUGGCCGCCAUUAUGGCUGGCCAUUUGGAUGAAUUCAUCGGCAAAAGGGUGGUGCUGCUAAUUUGCGGAGGCAAUAUCGAUACAACCAUGUUUGGCAAAUGUCUAGAGCGCGGUAUGGCCGCCGAGGGACGGUUGCAAAGAUUCACCGUCACCGUCAGCGAUGGACCGGGUGGUGUUGCUAAGCUGUGCAAUCUGCUGGCCAGUUUGGGCGUUUCCAUCAAGGACAUAAUGCACGAACGUGCCUUUAUUCGUGACAUCCACCAUGUUGAGGUGAAAGUGAUUUGUGAAACACGUGACUGGGAACAUUCCAAGCAAAUGCGUAAGGUGCUGCAGGAAACAUAUACCAAAGUUCACUUCUACGACAUGCCGAUGGCGAUCACGGAAUAGCAACAUUGUGCUGUCGAACGCUACCGUACUCUCCAUUCCAGACGAUAAGCUGCAAAUUUUCCCUCUCAUCGAACGCGACUUCCGGUCGCUUCUUCGCGAUUUCUGGGGCGCGGAACUGAACCGUGCAUACCGUGCUGCGCACUGCUUCCGAUAGUUUCAAUAAAUUGACCCUAUACGAACGAAAUUGCCAGCGUGUGGGGCUGGUAACAAUUGUA